AUGAAGCCAUUUGGAUUAGCCAAUUCCCAAACAGCAUUCGUGGACAUCAUGAAUAGAGUGUUCAAACCAUUCUUAGAUAUGUUUGUGGUAGUAUUCAUUGAUGAUAUCCUAGUGUACUCCAAGAAUGUUGAAAAUCAUGGAAACCACCUAAGACGAGUACUAGGGAAACUUAAGGAACAUAAGUUGUUCGCCAAACUCCACAAGUGUGAGUUUUGGUUGGAGGAAGUUAAGUUUCUUGGUCAUGUAAUAUCCAGUGAAGGAGUCACGGUAGACUCAAGUAAGAUUGAAGCAAUCAUGGAUUGGCAGCAUCCUACCAUGGUGCACGAAGUUAGGAGCUUCUUGGGAUUAGCUGGUUAUUACAAGAGAUUCGUGGAAGGAUUCUCCAGAUUAUCAAGUUCUCUCACAAUGUUGACUAGGAAGCACUCAAACUUCAGUUGGACUAAGACGUGUGAGAAGUGCUUCGAGGAACUAAAGAGAAAAUUAACCACAGCCCCUGUGUUGGCAUUACUGAAAUCCCAUAAACCAUUCGUGGUAUAUAGUGUUGAAUACUGA